UCUUUGUGGUGUUGUGUUGUUAAGGUGCAGAGGGAUCAACAUUGAUGUCAUACUUUUCAAAAAACCAAAUACGGGCCCUGAAGCCAAAAAUAACAUUCAGCACAUUAAGGGACUUGCAGUGUCCGGUGUUGCAAAGUGAUGAACUGCAAGGAAAGCCAGAGGAGUCCUGCAGUACAGAGGAACUGUUUGAAUGGCUAGGUGCUGUCUUGAAUCAAGUUAGCUUAGACAACAAUUCAUCAAGCUUCUUAUCAACCUAUUGCUGUCCUCAGCCCAACACAGUGGUGGAAAAAGCCUUUUUGUGCACAAUCACAGGUUUUAUAAUCCCUGAGAAGAUAAUUCAGUUAUUGGAGCAGCUCUGGUGCUAUUUUGAUGAACCGAAACUGGCGUAUUGGCUGACCUUAACUGUGCAUGGCUUUGCAGACAGUCCUGUUUCCUGGAGAGAAAGUGAACAUGGUUUCCACAAGGGAGGAGAGAACUUGUACAACUUCGUCAUUUUUAGAAACCUGGACUACUGGCUUCACAUGGCUGUAGGAGCUAAUGAUGAUUGUCCUCCAUAAAGCUAUGUCUACAGAAGAAGUUUUCUAAUAAUCCCAUGUUACUGUAUAGAAACCUAAUAAGAUAGUUUUUAUAAAAGUAAUUAGGUAACAAGUUAAGUA